CUGGCCACUCUGACACAGUGACUUGGCAUUUCUCAGCUUCUGACGCAACAGAUGCUCCACCCCUGCACUCUGGCAGUGUAGCCAGCCGAGAAGCAUCUGCUACUGCUGUGGCAAAGAAGAGGGCUGUUCUUGGUCUAGCUCCAGAAGGGGAAAGUUCUGCACAUACCAGGCCUGAAGACGCCAAGAUGCAGCAGGUCCUUUUCUACCUCUUAGCCUUGCAUCCUGCAUUAGUUGUGAUUGCUGCUGGAGUGUCUCACAGCAAUGCAGUGUCAGCAACAUGCAGAGACAAAGAUUCCAAGCAAGAUCUUCCUGAAUGUCAAAAGCAAGUACAGUACUGCUACAAUGGAACCUGUUGCAACUCUUGUCCUCCCGGUAGUUUUGCUACAAAAGUUGGCUGUACAAAGGAGGAUCCGAGUACCUCUUGUCAACGUUGCAUUGACCGCCAAGAGUAUAUGGAUCAUUUCAAUUAUCAACUGCAUUGUCUGAGGUGUGGCUUUUGUGACAGCGAGCAUGGUAUGGAAGUUGAAAAACCCUGUAACAUUUACCAGAAUGAAAAAUGCAAGUGUAUGCCUGGCUUCUUUUGCAAUUCUUCUCGACCAUGCACUCAUUGUGAUCGAUGUGAUAAAUGCGAAUAUGGCACCCAAGUGGUAGAAAAUUGCACGCAAACCAGAAACACCAAAUGUGCAAAACUAGUUAAUUCACUACGACCUUGGGCAAUUGCAAGUAUUGUCGUCGUCAUCAUCGUCGUCCUCAUAUUAGUUGCAGUGAUUUUAUAUUGUUAUAGAAAAAAACAGAAGAAGAAAAUAGACCCAAACAGAAAUGAAAGUGACGAAACUGUAAUUGAAGUUAGACCUCUCCAGUAUCCAGAUGUUAACUUGAAUCCUUACAUUCCUGACAUUGCGGAGGACAUGAAGCUAAAAGAGGUCAGGAAACUUGUUCGGAAACUGGGUGUGUCUCCAGCUGACAUAGAUGCGAUCACCCAUGAUCACCAACACGAUUGCUCUGAACAGAAAAUAAAACUGUUGGAACACUGGUACCAGAGGAAAGGGGAAAAAAAUGCUUACUUCACUUUAAUCACCACACUAAGAAGUAUUCCCUUAAAUGCCCCUGCUGAUAACCUUGAAGAUAAGGUGAGACGAUUGCCUUGAGACAAUCAGAAAAGCAUCACUUUUCCUCAUGGAAAACAGAUCGAGCUGUUCUCCUCUU